CUGCAAACGUAGACGAGAUCCUCACCGCGCGGCGCCGCAACCGGAAAAGGAAAGUGCGGGGCCACCCCGGCCGCUUUUCAGGGUCUGCGCAGGCGCUUUGAGUGCUGGUGCCUGGAAAAUGGAGACAGGGUGGAGGUUGGUAGGUGGGUCUGUGGCAGGAGGGAGGAUCCUUCAGCCCAGAGUCCAGCUCCAAAAGGGUGGGAGAGGGGAGAGGUGAAGGAAGGGUGCAUCCAGAGGCUGACCUGGGAGGACACACACGCAGAUACACAGCACAAGAGAGAGACGGGCACACAUGAAGGAGAAUGACAAAGAAGGGGCCGAUGGAGAAGAGGAGAAAGAAGACAGACAGAAGAUCAAUUACAGAUGGACCCAGGAAACACAAGUGACGGCGAUUCGGAGGCAGAGAGACCAGCCCUCAGAGAAAGAAGACAGACAGGACCCUGGGCUGGGACCAGAAAAGGCCUGGGGGGUGGGCAGGGUGCCCAUGUGGCCUCUCUGGACCAUCCUUCUGCUGGUACGGCCCUUGGGAGGCCUAGGAUCACCCCUCUGCCCUCGGGAGCCUUUCUACUUCCUUGUUGCCAUCAUGAAGAUGCUGGGAAACAAAAAUGAUGGCACUCUCUACACCCCUGAUGAUCUCUCGGUUUGUCCUGCUGAGACUCUGGGAUGCUUCCGGCUGGAGCUUUCUGUGAUCCAGUUCGAAGAGGGCCGAUCCAUGGGGAUUGCUGUGUUCCGGCUACAGCGUCUGCUGGAUGCAUUGGGGUCCCGGCUGUGGGUGACUGGCCAGGGUCCUUGUCCACCCUGUGAAGGACAUCCCCAGAGACCCGUCCCCCUCUUUCUGGCCAAGCUCUUAGAGUUAUUACAGGGGGCUUGUGCUAGGCACCUGCCUUCAGCAUGAGCCUGGGAGGACACAGACGCCCUAGUACUGCUGGAGGGCCCGGGAGGUGUGAGACAGAGGGCACUUGGUCUCCAGCCCCAGCUGCCAAUCCAAAGCCUUCUCCUUCUGGGCCAGAGGCUCCCAUCUGGAGCCCAUGGAACCAAGGGGAAGAGAGAAGGAGGAAAAUAAGAUCUGAAGCCUGAAGCCUCUGACCUACAGGGGUAGGGGGUUAGGUAAAUUGGCCCCCACCUGCCCCUCUUCUCCAUCUGAGGCACUCCCUCCUCUCUCCUCUUCCAGGAAGGGACAAAGCAUUGCACAGGUGUCUUCCAACCUCACGCCACCCCUACAGGACAGGGAGAGUCUUGUGCCUCAUGUCCCUGGCUGCAAAUAAUUACCAUCUGGAGAGCUUUCGGGUGACACUGAUGGUUAGGCUAGAUGUUGAUAAUUGGUCUCUGGUGCAUCCUGAACAGCUAUAGUUGGAAAAUCAACUUUAUUGAAAAUAACAACUUUAUUGAUGUGUAAUUUGUAUACAGUAAAAAGCAUACGUUUUAAACGUG